UGCCGUUUACUCUCCGCACGUAAUCAGAGUGUUUCAGUGAUCACUCGGAUCACUUUCCACAGUUGAAGCAACAGCAUCAUCCUCCAUGGACCCGCUCUCCGCCCUCCGCGACUUCACAAUCCGCGGCGAGCUCGACAAGAUCGUCCGGGUCAACGAUGAGUUCCGGUUCGGUUCCGACUACAGCUUCCCCUGCUACGCCGAGACCGCCUACCGCUCCAAGCAAGGCAAUCUCUACACCCUCGAAACCCUCCUUUAUUACGUCAACAACCACCAAAUCAAGCACACAGACUACAUCCAGUGCGCCCGCACCCAGGGGAUCCCCUCCGUCACUUUCCCCGACCGCAAGCCCCUCCUCGACUACCUCACCGGAAAGAUCUCUUCCUCCGACUCCAUCGAGUUCAUCCUCCCUCCCCAGAACGACGCCAUACACCACCCCAAAAUCCCUGCCGCCCUCGAUUCCGCCAGCAACGGUAACCACAUCAGCAACGACAACGGCGAUUACGCCGCUUUGGAUUCUAGGGUUUUCACUCAAAUUGAGACGCCGGUGGACUACAUGUCUUUGAUUUGCUCCAGCGAGAGGCCGUUGAAGGACCGCGAGGGGUUGCUGGAGUGUAAAGGCAGGAACUUUUACGCCGUUUUGACUUCGGCGACGAAGAGGGAAGAGGAACGGCAGCGUAUCGAGUCGCAGCAGAGGAAAGACGGGCUGGUGGCGAAAAGCAGGCUAAUGGGUUCCGACGAGAGGGGCUUGACCGGGUUCGGAGAUGAAUCGGGUUACGACCCGAAUACGAAGCCCAAAUUGCACUUGAAAGGAGGUAAAGUUGGGGAAGGGGUGCCCAUAAUUUUGGUGCCCAGUGCGUUUCAGACGCUGAUUACGAUUUACAAUGUGAAGGAGUUUUUGGAAGAUGGGGUUUAUAUACCCACUGAUGUGAAGGUGAAGCAGAUGAAUGGGGCGAAGCCAGACUGCGUGACGGUGCAGAAGAAGUUUAGUAGGGAUAGGGACCGGGUGGUGACGGCUUAUGAGGUUAGGGAUAAGCCCUCAGCAUUGAAGGCGGAGGAUUGGGACCGUGUUGUGGCGGUUUUCGUGUUGGGGAAGGAAUGGCAGUUCAAGGAUUGGCCUUUCAAGGACCAUGUUGAGAUUUUCAAUAAGAUUAUGGGUUUCUUCAUGCGGUUCGAAGAUGAUAGCGUGGAGUCGGCAAAAAUUGUGAAGCAGUGGAAUGUGAAGAUCAUCUCAAUUAGCAAGAAUAAACGACAUCAAGAUAGAGCUGCAGCAUUAGAGGUGUGGGACAGAUUAGAAGAAUUUGUGCGGUCAAGAUCACAUUCUUGAUGUGCAUCAAGGGUUGGCAAGGAGAAUGCCUGAGGAUGUAUACUUGAAGAUGGACUGGUCGUUUUACAUAUUUGCAAACCCUUGCCUGCUCAUUGCAGAUAUGCAGAGGGUUUCCCAGUUAAUCUAAAACUGACUGAGAAACAGCGGUCGGUGCCCUUGAACCAUCUUCUCCGGAGAUUCAGCAAGACAUUGUUGAGGUUCAUCUGAGUGUAGGAUCUCUGCAUAUGUGCAAACUAGGCUGAAGUUAAUACUGUUCCUACAUCUCCAGCCGCCUGUAGGGAGACAAACCUUUGCACAGGAAGUGCAAUGUGGCUAUCCGGGAGGACGGAGAUUGGAAAGCUUGUAUUACAAUAAGU